AUGGCCUCAUCGUUGGCUCACUCCACCCAGCGGUUGUUGGAACAGGUAGGUUUUUUUCAUUAAUCAGCGUAUCUUCAUUAAAAGAUAGUGUUACCUCCUCAUUUUCUAAUUAAAAGUCAUCUUAUUCAAUAUAACGUCAUUCUUGUUGUUGAUAAUAUCGUUCUCGAUUAUAAACAAUUUCAACUUUCAGCCAUUACUUCCCCUUGAUCUAAGCUACUCAACCUUGUACGGCAUCUACACUGGAGCCAACAACUUUCCUCUACAGUAUCCCUCAGUGUCUUCUCUACCUUUAAAGGUAGACCCUCAAGAUGUCGAGAACAAAGUCCCAUUCCUUCUCGACUAUCCCCUUAACACAACAUCAACAAGCACGUCACUUCUACCAGACUGUACUUCUUCUAUAUCUCAAGCCAAACUGGACAGUCAGCUGACAUCGAAUGCCUCUGACAGUGAUGGCUGCUUGUCGACAGCGUCGUUCAGUAGCAGUAAAAGCAAGAGUUCGAAUGAGAAACGGAAAAAAGAACUGAUCAGAGACCAGGCUUACUGGGAACGGCGGAGAAAGAACAACGACGCGGCCAAGAGGAGCCGAGACUCGAGGAGGAAAAAAGUAAGUUGAAGUGAUAUUGAUUAAGUACACUUAACUCGUUUUCUUUAUGUUACAGAAAUGUCAGAAAAAAAUGAACUUUAGCUUUUGAACCAUGUUUGUUGACCUUUUAAGUUUUAUGCAAAUUUUAGUAUUAAACUGAUUGUGAGUAAAAGAUAAAAUAUUCAACAAAAUUAAGCAAAUGAGGAGGUUUCUAACUUUAAAGCAUCUUUAUCGUAUUUUCUUAACACGUGUAAUUUCAGGAAGACGAAGUAGCAAUCCGUGCAGCGUUACUAGAACAAGAAAACCUUAGGCUUCGGUUUGAGGUGGAGCGAUUGAAGACGGAGAUCGAACGACAUCGUGUAGUUGCUUUAAAUCCCAAAGUUUUUAUUCAGCCGGCGCUGGAAUCGUUGGCCAGAAUCGACUGGGACUGUGCUCAAGCUUUAAAACUGUGA